ACUCACCCUUCCAGUGUGCGUGAGAUACUAGCAGCACCCACUGAACUCCACCGCUAACAUCCAAAUCAGCCCUUGAGACUUGAGGCCUUAGAGACACAGGAGUUUUGAGAGCAAAAUGACAACACCCAGAAAUUCAGUAAAUGGGACUUUCCCAGCAGAGCCAAUGAAAGGCCUUAUUGCUACGCAACCUGGUCCAAAACCAAUCCUGGGGAGGAUGUCUUCAUCGGUGGGUCCCACGCAAAGCUUCUUCUUGAGGGAAUCUAAGGCUUUGGGGGCUGCCCAGAUUAUGAAUGGGCUCUUCCACAUUGCCCUGGGGGGUCUUCUGAUGAUCCCAGCAGGGGUGUAUGCACCCAUCUGUGUGACUGUGUGGUAUCCUCUCUGGGGAGGCAUUAUGUAUAUUAUUUCUGGAUCACUCCUGGCAGCAACAGAGAAAAACUCCAGGAAGAGUUUGGUCAAAGGAAAAAUGAUAAUUAAUUCAUUGAGCCUCUUUGCUGCCAUUUCUGGAAUGAUUCUUUCAAUCAUGGACAUACUUAAUAUUAAACUUUCCCAUUUUUUAAAAAUGGAGAGUCUGAAUCUUAUUAGAGCUUACACGCCAACUAUUAACAUAUACAACUGUGAACCAGUUAAUCCCUCUGAGAAAAACUCUCCAUCUAUGCAAUACUGUUACAGCAUACAAACUCUGUUCUUGGAGCUUGUAAUAGCUGGCAUUGUUGAGAAUGAAUGGAAAAGAAUGUGCUCCAGACCCAAAUCUAACGUAGUUCUCCUGUCAGCUGAAGAAAAAAAAGAACAGGCCAUUGAAAUAAAAGAAGUGGUUGAACUAACUGAAACAUCUUCCCAACCAAAGAAUGAAGAAGACAUUGAAAUUAUUCCAAUCCAAGAGGAAGAAGAAGAAAUGGAAGCAAACUUUCCAGAACCUCCCCAAGAUCAGGAAUCCUCACCAAUAGAAAAUGACAGCUCCCCUUAAAUGAUUUCUUCUGUUUUCUGUUUCCUUUUUUAAACAUUAGUGUUCAUAGCUUCCAGGAGACAUGCUGACUUUCAUUUCUUGAGGUACUCUGCACAUACCCUCCACUUCUCCAUCUGGCCUCUGCAUGGAGUGCCCAUAGCUCUUCCUCUCUUACAUUCAGAGAAUGCAGCCAUUGCAGCAGCUUGCAUUGUCGUAAUUAUUCUUUUGUGCAACUUUCUUACAUUGAAAAAAGGCAGAAUGAGUGCUUCAGAAUGUGAUUUCCUACUAACCUGGUCCUUGGAUAGGUUUUUCCAUUUUUCUCUAUCAGCAACCAGGGAGACUCUGUACCUGAUAGAAAGGAUAUAUGACUGCUCCGUGAUAUCCCUAAACUUUUUUUUCCCCACAUCUACGUGUUUGGCAGAGUCCCUUUUGCAUCGUUUUAAGGACAAUAAAAAAUAACAAUAAUUAGGAACAAUGCAGAACCUAUUCCAUCUAUCUUUCUAUGGGGCUGACACUGUGGUACAUUCUUAGAGUCAACACACCCUGGGAGGGAAGCUCUAAAUGGCCAAUACUCAUCUGCUUUUCGUAGAAACCGCAUAGCUUGUGUGGACAUGUCUCUGCCUUAACUUUUCCUAACUCCCACUCCAGGCUAUUGAUUGCAUGUCUACCUUUUUUAGCCUUUAUGCAAGAAAAGAAAAAAAAAUGACCAUAGAAAAUGCCACAAUGAGGUACCCAAAUCUCAAAUAAUAAUCAACACUUAGUUGUAUUUAUAAUUUCCAGAUGACAACGUAUUUCAGGAAAUAACUUCAUUUGAUAUUCCAUGAUCAAGAAAGAAUCCCUAUCUCUAUUUUACAAGGAAUUCAAAGAGGUAAAAUAACUUGUAAACAAGAAAAGGUAACUUGUCAACAGUCACAACUGGUAAUUAUGAGAGCCUUGUUUUAUAACCAGGUCUUCUUACUCAAAUAAGAUGUGAUGUUUGAAAUAACCAAAUUGUCUCUUCAAUGUCUGCAUAAACUGUGAGAACCAAGUCAACAGGUUUUAUCAAGAACUUAGUCUGAUCAGCACUAAACAAGCACUAAGAGAUAAGAGAAUCAGAAUCAGAUUUUGCCCAUGGGGAGAAACAGGCUGAGACUUUCACCACAUUUGGAAAACUACUUGCAUCAUAAAUAUAUAAUUAACUGGUAGUUUGUAUAAAGCAGAUACUAUGUGCUAUAGACAUUCUCAGAAUAUCAUACUUGGAAGCAAUCUAAUUAAAAUACCAAAUCUGAGGCAAUAGCUGCCCUACUUUUCAAUUCAGAUAUACCUUACUUAGUACCUUUCCUAGAAAAAUGUUAACCUGGGGUGAAGUCACUAUAAUCCAUAGUCUAUUAUUUGGGUAUUUGCUACAUGAUGAGUGCUGCCAGACUGUGGUCAGUAAAGGGACAAUGUAAUUUUCACUCCCUAUGAUAUUUCUACAUUUUUAGAGACUACUAGUGGAAGAUAUUCCCUAUAAUUAGAAAAAUUAUUUCUGUCUAUGUAAAGUUCUCAAAAUUCAUUCUAAAUUAAUAAAAGUAUCUUUUUAUUCUUUUCUGCAA